ACUCACGGUCGCACCGGACUCACUUACCUCUGUAGGCUGGACUUAGGCGUCUAAGUGGCUAUCAGCUACCUCAGUCUUGCGAGAACCUCAUCAGUCUUCAUUUUGGUACCUAGCACACAAGUCGAGUAUCGCCAUGACACGACGAACGAGCGACGCUGAUGCUGCUGCGGGUUUCAGCCCUACGACGUGGACGACCAACGUGCUACCUCCCGUUGAGCUGUCGAAUGAUCAAAGGGAGAAAUACCGCCUGCUGGCUACACAGUUGCUGUCGAAUACUCUCCGGGACUAUGACAUUUAUUCAGCCGACCCGAGACAACGACCUAUGAGUCGACGGCGAUGGAAACCCGUCAAGACGAGAGAUCACAUCACGGUGUACAAGGAGCGCUACCCGACGCCGAGCUCUCUGGCGUCUACAAACCUAGAUGCUCCACCACGAACCAGUCGGGCUAGCCUAGCGGACCGAGUGUCUAUGGCAUUUCGUGGAAAUGAAUGGACGGAGCCCAAGCUACUUGUCGCCACGGGUUGGAUUGAAGGCACACUCGACGACGUCAUGUAUGGCGUCUCCUCCCCCGAUGCACAGAGCAUGUUAAUGAAGGCAACAGUAGUCAAGAACACGUUGGUCAAUGGUGCAGUACUAGCCUGCAUCGAUGCCCCCUGCGACGCUGACCCAUUCCGGUUCCUCGGUAUUAAAUGGUUCGUGAAAGGCCCUCCUACUGCUCUUCAGGGCAUUGUGAGGCCUCGAGACUUAGUGUUUAUUGAAGCUACAGGGAUCACGACCCGACCGAAUGGAGAACGCAUCGGUUACCAGCUUCUCCACUCUGUGGAUCUGCUUCAGUAUCGUGACAUGACGCCACGGUCCGGGAUGGAAGUGACGCGCGGGCGGAUCUCUAGCUGCUCCAUCUUCCGGGAAAUACCAGCAGGACUUGGAAGUAGACACUCCAAGGUCGACGUGUACGUCAAGGGAUAUGUGGAGGCACAUGGUAAGCUCCUGGAUUCGGUGGCACUUACGGCUGCGUCAACAGGUCUGAUGAGCUCCUGGAACUCAGUCGAGUGCGCCAACCUCAAGAAACUCAUGUGGUGCUUCCGUCAACAGCCUGACUGGAGACGUGGCCGACGUCGCGACAAACAUCGAUCCAGCCAGCGCUCCCACGUCAGCAGCAGCCUGAGCUGCUCAAACAUGAGUCAAAAUGGCACCAACACUAACAGUAUGAACACUUUAAACGGACCACCUCCAAGACAAGAGUCUCAGGACUCUUCAUCUAGAUGUGGCACAUGCAUCAAGCGUCUGACAAAGCUAAGCGGUGCGAUCUCCUGUGCGCUAUGCUGUCAGAACACUUGCUCUCGCUGUCGAGUCUUACGGACACUGAAAGAGGUGAACAAGGAGCUGUGGCUACGUCAAGAAGACGUGCUCAUCUGCAAGCGCUGCGUGCUUCGUGUGGACAAUCUCGCGGCCGUGGACGUCGCGCGUGCCGAAGUUGACGCAGGCUGGUUCUCAAUGGAAAGUAUCGCUGCUCGUCACGGUCGCUCAAAGAGCUUCGCCAGCACAGGCGUGACGACGGACACAGGUGCGAGCAUUAUGACGCUGCCGACAGAGGAAGAAUACUCACUCUCUAUGCUGUCACCGACUACAGAUCACCCCAUCGAUUCGUUCCGCGGCGUCGAACCAGCAAAGGAGCCGUACCCAGAUAUCCCCGAACACAUUGAAGAGCACAAAGUAGAGAAGGAAAAGGUGACGCUGUCGGACCGUGAGCGCCGUGAACAGAUCUGGUCGCAGAUGGUGGAGCUGCGCAUGGUGGCCGAGUCCAUCUACAAACUCACUCUCGAGACCACCGAGUCGCUGAACACCGGUCCACAGCGGACCACGGAUGAGUCAUAGCAAAUGAUAAAGAAUACGCUAUACACACAAAUGCAUUACAAUUCCUGAACGAAAACCUGACACGAACACUCUUUUCUUUCUUCAUCCUCACGUUAAUUCAGCAAGUCGGUCAUCGCACUGUCGGAGCGUGCUAGGGGCGAGUCCAGCAUACACAAGCUCUCGACGGACGCCGUGCAGAAGCUGUUGUCAAGCGAGAAGUUGCGCGCCAGAGCAUCCAAC